AUGUUUGCGGAUGAUGUCAAGGUCUUCCGUGCUAUUAGGGACCCUUCUAACACUGAGACACUGCAGAUGAACCUAUGCUUAAUUGAGAACUGGUGCAUCACUAACGCUAUGAGCAUAAAUGCCGCCAAAUGUUCACUGGUUUCUUUCACUCGCUCUGCCCAACCUCUUGUGGUAUCUGACUACGUGCUCAAUGGAACUGUUCUAUCUCGCAGUACAAUUGUCCGUGAUCUGGGUGUCGUCUUCUCUGCAGAUCUUAGCCCUGAUAAGCAUAUUGACUUCAUCUGCGGCAAAGCCCUACGAAUGCUCAACUUCAUACUAAGAGCUUCAAGGAGUGGUCUUGGCAUUGUGGCGUUGAAUAUCCUAUAUAAGUCCUUGUUGAGGCCUCUCUUGAACUUCUCCCUCUGUCUACUAGAAGGCAACAAGCUGAUGCUCUUUUCCUAUGGGGAGUUCUUCGUGGCACGGUCGAUUGUUCUGGCCUACUCUGUCGCAUUGAUCUACGUGCUUCAAGAUUGA